AUGAAGGUCCUUUCCCUCGCCACGGUGGCCGUCCUCGCCGGCGUUGCCGCAGCCAAGAAGAACGUUUACAUGUGUCCCGGACCUAACUGGACGGGUCCCUGUUCCCUCUUCUCCUUCGAGAAUGGUCAGUGCUUUGACAUCAGCUUCUGGGAUACUCUGGGCUCGAUUGGACCGGAUGAGGGUCUGGUCUGCUCCAUGUUCGUCGAGCCGGGCAACUGCUACAUGACACAGGGCAACUUCAACUCGGGAGGCUUUGUGAGCCCUGGUAUCGCAGACUUGACGACCUGGGUGCAGGGCAGCGGCGAGACGAAGGCGGGAUACUGGUUCAAGAAUGCCAAGACCGUGCAGUGCUUGUAUAAUUAG